AUGGACUCCAGUCUCGAGUUCCUCGGUUCCUUUGACGUUUCUGACUCUCAAGGCACCGUAGUAGCAUCUGCGGAGGAGGUUGACGAGGCACAGGAGGAGGAGGAGGAGUUGUUGUUUUCGGUCCGUUGUCGUACUCGACCAACGCCUGGUACAGAUAGCUCUGGGGACGAGGAGGAGGAGAAGGCAGGAGAUGAAGGGGUGAUAGAUGCUUCAGCUCCACCGACAAAGAAAAUCUUCUCCGACCCAGUAUUGACGGAUUUGGCAGACAACACUAACGCAUAUGCAGCAUCAAAAGGAGCCGGCACAGGAGAGGGAUCGCGCCAAUGGGUAAAGACCACACCUGACGAACUGCGCACAUUCCUCGGCAUCAUUGUCUACAUGGGCGUGUUCAGGCAGAACUCUGUCUCUGAGUAUUGGUCAACCUUCCCUGAAUGUCCUCAACACAACAUCACUACCUUCAUGUCCCUCGUCCGCUUCGAACAACUGAAGCGUUUUUUUCAUGUCUCCAACCCCAACGAGCCUGAGCAACAUUGGUUCUCAAAAGUAGAGCCUCAGGCUUCAUCCGGCCCAGAGCGAGCAGCCGACGUCGAUGGCGCGGGCAUGUCUACUCACACAACAACAUCUACACGGCAGGCUUCAUCCAGCCCAAAACGAGCAGCCGACGUCGACGAUGCGGACACCGCCGACACUGCUUCCUCUAACAAACGCCUCCGACCCCUCCAAAUCAGCUCCGGGUCGUCGACUCUCGUUGAAGACAUGCAGCGAUUGCUGGCAACACAGCCAUCCCAGAUUCGGUUCGACGAGAGCGGCGCUCUGACCACAAUCUGCGCCCAGGAAAAGGAUUUUCGAUCUGUCGGAGCCGCAAUUGAGAAGAUUCUCUCCUCACGAUUGUCUAAGGACAUUACAAUGCUCCAUAUGGAUGGUCUACGAUCAAUGGAGAAGGAAUGGGCGCACGGCAAACGAGAUCAGGCGCUGUCCAAGCAGUUGGAAACACUUGAACGAGAUUACACGGAGGGCAAGCUGCACAACAAAAGACAGCUAUACAAACGCCUGAAGGCGUCGUACCGAGCACCACCGGAGGCAUUGCGCGCCGUUUCGGAAGUACUGCGUCAGAGUGGAUGGACGAUUUGCCAAUGUCUCAACCAAAGCGACACGUGCAUUGCGCGGACAGUCAACAACGCUGCCGUACCCGGAGAUAUCCGAGUUAUCACCAAGGACUCCGAUCUCAUGGCAUUCGAGUCAAUCAUGUCCGUCACCAUGCCAGUCAAGAACACUUGGACUACUUUCCACAAAGAUGAGCUUCUGAACGAGCAUGGCCUUCCGACCCCUGUACAUCUAACGCUUGCCGCUCUGGUAUCGAACAACGACUACACCAACGGAGUUUUUUCCUAUGGCUUGACAUCCAAUGUCGAUACGAUCCGUCAGUUCAAGAUGACAGGUCUUGAUGGAACGGUUGGCCAAGAUCGAGUGGAGGUGGUUCGGAUCUAUGUUAGGCGCUACCUUGACAUAAUACACCAAAAGGCCCGUACAAUCAAGGACUCAGCCACCCAAAGCGCACGUCGUCGACUGCGAUGCAAUCCUAACCCAACGGUGAAGGCACACGACAAGGAUCUGAGGAGGAUCGAAACGGCCGAUCGACAGCUGCGUGUAGAUGUGACAGAAUUCGGCCAUGCUCUCAAGACAUUCGGGGCGGCGACAGACGCAGAGGCAACGCCACCACCACUCCCAACGGCACCCAAGGCAGGAUCAGCACCAUAUCCGCAAGCUACAUCAGCGGGAUCACCUUCCAUCAGGCAGACGCAUGGCCCAGCCGAACAUCCACCAUCGCACAAGCAAAAGAUUAAAAAACAACGCCGACAUGGUUCACGUGCCCUCCAGCGGCGACGACAGAAGUGGCGUCGUUCCAGAUUCCGCUCGCGCACAGACGUGCAAGAUCGCUAUGUGCCGGACACUGUUUUCCUAGAAAAGGCCAGCCCUGUUGAUGUCGUGGAACUUUCAGGAUUGAAGCCGUCGACCCCCCGUCCUUCAAAGCCCAAGGAGCAAUCCCCCCGUAUCGACCAAGUGCCUGCCCCCACUGCCAAGAAGAAAAAGAAAAAACUCCUUGGCGAACCUAAAGGAAUAGCUGGACCCAAGGCCUUGAAGAGAGCGUUCCAGUCUGUUUUCGCAACGGUCACGCUCACGACUGGAUCCCUGCAAGGCUGCCUAGGAAGAUCAACCAAUCUGUCGAAAGCAGAGGUUGCGCAGCUAACCCAACACGUGAGUUCGGCAGUCUCUACCGUCAAUAGCGCCAAACACAUUGUGUACAAGCUUAUCGAGAUGCGCAUUCUACAGCCGCUGAUCGAGACUGGACUGAACCAGGCAGAGGAUGGACCGGACGAGAGCUUCCUAGAGAAGAUCCUGGAUUCCGAUUGGGCGGAAAGGUUUGUCCAAAACCUACUGUCCUUCGUCUUGAGGAAUUCCAUUGUCCCCCAAGGACGUCCACCCGCGUCGGACAAGAGCAAGGAUGCUGUCGCUGAAGCAAUCUCGACGUUUAACGAGUUCAAGAAGACGCUGUGCCCAGGGUUCAAAGCCCUCAACUCAACGGAUCUGGCUUUGAGUAAUAUCAUCGCGGAACUUGCACCCAAGAUCUGCCUAGAUCAGAAACUGCAUUACAGGAGAAUACCGGAGACUCUUAGAACAAAGCUCUCCAAGCUGUCCAUUGAUUGCGAUGGUCUUCCUGAAAUAGAUCAAGAUGGCACCGACGCUGGUGGUGAUGCCGGGGCUGCUGACGUUAACGAGGGUGUGGACGACGACGACGCCCUCAAGCGAUCCAAGAAGAUCAUUUUCAAGCCGGGUCAUAUUCAACUCUGCUGGCGAUAUUUCCUCCUCUUACCAUCAUCCAAGCGGCCCCGGUUCUGCACCCAGGCCAAAACGAGCGAUUCCUUCAUCGACAUCAACGAGGAAGCAUUGGUUGCGCUUCUCUGGGGAGAGAAGGCAGUUCAGUUGGACAACGUAUGGGAGGACACCCGCUACACUCACAACUGGGCAGCGGCAAAACAGCGUUCUUCGUACGGAGAGGUGAUCAAAGAACUAUUCAUCGGUGACCGAGAUGUCAUCAAGGAAGCCAGGAAUAAGCAGCAGACGACAUACGGGAAGAGGACAACAACCAUGGCUGAGCGUGAGGAGGCCCAUCCACACAUCUACGGACAGUUAGAGCUCGCACGGUAUUUGACGAAUAAGGUCAAUUUUUUCCGAGAACGGCACAACGCCUCCCUCACGGCCCCGACACCACCGUUGCCAUCAUCAACGCCAUCGUCAUCGACCACCGCCUCUUCCCACCCCACGUCAGCAGCCGCGAUCGAGAAGCUUUAUCCAACGCGGCAGCAUCUUAUCGACGCGUUUGGCGACGACCUGGAUUCAGUCAUUGUCGUCGGUAUUGAUCCCGGAGAGGUAGUGAGUGGUGCAUUUUGUUUGACACUUCCCGGUGGAAAAGUCAUCAAUCUGCUGAUCAAGAGGGCCUCCCUAUACCAGCCUACUCUGGCCUUCCGAGAUUGGGAACAGCAUUGGAAAAGGCGACACCCAACAGCUGGUCCAGGCGAUGUUGUCGACUCAUCCCUUUGGACACGGAUUACCGACCUGGACAAGCUCACCACUCUCCCGUCUGUCCACGACCUAGAGAAUUCUCUCCCCUCAACAAACUACGACACCUCGUUGGAUGCUUUGACGGCAGCUCACAAGAAGUACUACGAGCAGGAACCGCUGAUCCACGGGAUUUACGCGUCAAGAGAAUGGAAGGUAGCGGUUCACGAGCACAGAAUGGCGAAAAUGUCGGAGUUGGAUCUGGCCGUCGCUGGCGUUUUGCGGAUGGUGGAUGAGGCAUGUGAGGGCGUACCCAGUGCUGCGCUCGGAUACAAGGCUGCCCUGGUCGACGAGUAUCUUACUUCCACCAUGUGUCCAACAUGUGUGGUUGAGAACCGAGCCACCCGCCUCGCCAAGCCGUCGAUGAGGACAUGCGCCUGUGUUGAGUGCACUCGGUGGAUUCACCGAGAUGGAGUGGGGGCGCACAACAUCGCUUUGAUCGGAGAACAGUACCUCAAGUCUCUAGGACGGCCCGAGCCCCUUGCAAGACCCCCCAAACAAACCUAA